GGACUCGCCCUAACACUGCCAUGUUGGAUGGAGCUGGCUCUGGGCUCUGUGGCGGUCGGACUUCCCAGGAAAGUUUUUGCCUUCUUCCCGUCUUCGCCCUGCCGCUACAGUUUUGACCUGGUUUAAAAGAGAAGCGGGAGGUCUCAUCGCAUCCAUACACGGUGUACAUUUUGUAGCACCCCCGUGUUGAGGACCCUCGGGAUAAACUGAACCGAUGUGAAGGGGUCUGGGGAAGGCCACGGAGGACCAGAGGAUUGUUUAUGUAUCUUUGUGGGUCUCAGACUGCGAGUUCCAGUCGGUGCAUACUUCACAAACUGACCUCCAAUUAUGAGUGGACAUCCGCCGCAACGGCGGAUAGCAAACGUCGGGUCUUUACUACUGACACAGCAGGAAAAUGAAGUCCUUUUCAGCCACCUUGGCAGGAAAUGCAUUGUAAGUUUCUUCCCAUCAAAUAGUUGUUUGAUAGCCGACUCAGGGGAAAAGCUAGUAUCGAGACACGGCGGUUAAAGCUAGCUGUUAGGUGUAACGGUGUGUUUGUGGCCUGUAGUUUUUUUCAUGUUGUGGCUUCGGGGGUAACGUGUUUGUGUUGAACAAGCAACAACAUGGACUUGAAACUAAUGAGGUUGGUUUGUUUUGACAGCGAAUGCAUCGAGAAGGUAUUGGGAGCAGAUUUCCCGUGUUUUUAGACGGUGACAGUUUGGUUAAAGCAAGGAACGCCUUGAAGUUGAAGCCCGACACACCUGGAAUCAUCCAGGAAACGCAGCGUUACUAUGCUGAUGUGGGUACAUAAACGCACCCAGAUUAGCGUUGUCAAAGUGGCGUGAACAGUUUGUGUUGUGGGUCUGUUAAAGCCAUCAGCGGAAAGCAGGGCAAAGCAAUGAUUUUGUACUGGCAUUACAUAACGAAGCGAACUGAACAUUGGUUGUUUUCAGGAAGUGUGUCCACAGGGAAGAAUGUGCCGAGCAGACUUAUGUGACUGACAAACUGAAAGUCCGCCCUAAUGGAAGACAUACCAGUCCGAAAACCUGACCAGAAAUCUGCUCUUUACAUCCAAAUCUGGAGUGAAAUGUCACGACUCAAUAUUGUGAGAUACUCAUGUAUUGCGUAACAAAUCUAACAUUUAGCUGACUCACUUUAGUGUGUCCUACAUGUGCACUGUGCCUGUUGCAAAUCCUAUGUCCCCAUCAGAUAUUAGCCAACAUUUUCAAGCUUGCAGUUACAGCAAAACCCUCACACAUGAAAUACUCUUAUAUUCUUCCAAAGUGUUUUGUUUUUCAGCUUUAUACCCUCGCAAGACAGGUUAAUUGAAUAAACAGUUUCAGCAGGUAAAGCUAAUAUUGAAAGACACAGCAUUAGACCACAAACGUGCUUCAGGGGUGGCUUUAUUUGUCAGUCAUUGUUGGCAUUGAAAUAAGCAUAUAGUGUCUAAGAAAACAGUACAUAUUGUGUAACAAUUCCAUCUGAAACCACUGUUGUCAACACAGGUGCACACACAAAGAGGAUAUCAUCACCCUAUUAAAAUAAGGACUUGAGUCAUUUUUGACAAAAAUGGGUUUUUGGCCCAAAUCAUCUCUUGAUAAUGCUGAACAUCUCUGGUAAAAUCGCAUAAAUCCUUCGUUAAAAGGAUCAUGCCAUACCAUUAUUUUAAUAGGGUGACAAUAUCUGACUCUUCAACUGUCCUUAUUUUUACCUAUUUCCCAUUUUUUAGCUGUGAACUGGAGUGCUUCGGUGAAUGCAACAAUGUCUUCUUCGUCAAGCUAAGCAAACUCAGUGGGCUAAUGUCAGAAGUCUAUGUUGUCAUUGUUGUCGAUCAGACUGUGAAUGUGUGCAGGGAUAAUGUUUUAAAGGGCAACAACAUCCUUGGUUUCCUACCUCCGUAAAAGAUCCAUCAUCACAUACUAUUGAUUCAGUAAUUUUGUCAUUAUUUGCUUUUGGGCUGUUGCUAGUUUCUCCAGUUCCUAAAUCCUGGUGGAACCAGCAUCAGGAUACCUGCUGCUGCCGCUUAAUAUUUCUUAAGUAAAUUUAUGUUGUGGUGACAACUUUUCAGGUAAUUGAAAAAAAUGGUUAUGUUGAAACUUAAGAACUUUUUUUCCUCUUCUUAGUCAGAAGACUUAGAGCAAAUGUUUUGCAAGUUGCGAUCAUAACAUCCUUAUUCAAAGAAGUGGAGGAAAGAAGCAACCACAAUGCUAUUUUCACUGUCAGCUAAUAGUGCAUUAUGUAUCACCAGCCACUGAAAUGAAAUGUGUGGGCUUGUUAAUGAGUAAAAGGUUACCGGUAGCUUAUCGGGACCGGAAACAGUCAUUAUACAUCCCCGCAGCAACCAUUAAAAAAAUUUGAUGGUGGUUUUAUAAUGAAGAAGAGGAAUGCUGGUCAGUGGAAAGACAAACAUGACAGGGAUCUAGUUUGUCUGAAAUAGAUGUCAAGUGAGGUGCUGGAGACCCCUUACUUCCUCAGUCCACUAGUGUAUUGUUUACAGAGUUAGGUCAAGUUACAAUUAGACUCAAUUAGGCAAUUCAUUCAGAACCCUUUCAGCCAGUUACCACUGGACUGUCUUCUGUUUGACCCUAUACAUCCCAUAGCAAAACACUUAACAAAGAGAUGAACGUGCUAGUUGCACGUCCAAUGGUGAAGCUCUGUAUGUUUUGUAUAAACAAUAUAAAAUCUUAGUAUUUUGACUUCUUUUUUUCUGUCAAGGUUUGGUGUACUAACUGGCCGCCUUCAACUCAUUUGCACUGUUUGACUAUUAGGUUAAGGGCCAAUGUGCAAACUGGAGAAUUAACACAUUUGGAUCCACUUUAGACUUUAAUAAAUUGUUGGUGGUGUGUUUUCAGUCAGGGAAUUUCAUUUGUUUUGAAAGGCCAAUUUUAGUUGGACUUGUGCAGCAUUUUUCUAACAUUAUAUAAAUGUUGUGAAUAUAUAUUUUAGCUUGGCAUCAUGAAGUUAUCUUUACAGAUAAAGGUCAGAACAUAAAGCUAAGAACAGGUGUGAAUAGCAUGCGUAUGAAACAAAUUAUGUACAAAAGUAUGUAUGUUGUUUAUCCAUACUCUAGACUAUCACGUAGUCUGCUCUCAGGUUGCUUCCUUAUAGCAAUCAUAGCUUCCUGUAAUUAUUGUCAGAUAAAGGUGAUGGCAGGAACAAAUGGGAAUUGGCACUUCCUCAUUGUUGAUAAGCCUCAUCUCAUUGCCAUGAGUGCGUUAUGCUCCUGCUGUGUGAGGCUUCACUUCCUGUCCCAUGACACAGACUGACAGGCCUGUAUUGUGCGGUCACAUGUUGGGAUGUCCCGCCUCUUCCUUCUCCACAUGAUUGCACAGGCUUUUGAGGUGUGCCGUUUACACCUUUGUAACCUGUUUGAGAAAACAUCCAGUGACGACGUUCCUCUGGCAUUCUGGCAGUCGUGUCCCUCAGCAUGUGACUGGGAAACAGGAACAUUCCUCACAGUCCUACGCUCUUGUGUGUUCGUACACAUAUUUGCAUGCAGGGAGAGUAUAGGAGGGAGAGACACUGACAUUGUGUGUCUCCCCAACCAAUCUAAUUAAAAUGCCCACUGGUGAUUUAGUGACUCUUCUUGCUUGAAGUUUUGGCAGUGAAGACCAAGAUUUUAUGUCUAGCAGUGACUUAGAAAGCUUUGUGUUUGCACAGAAUAGCCACAGGAACAGACUUCAAUAUUCAGAGAAAUUUAAUUGGAUGCAAAACAUUUUAGGAGUCUUUUCAUACCAAAGAUAUCCCAAUGAAAGAGCAAGCAUUCAUUCAAUUUAUUAAUGACGCUACUCAUAUUUUCUUUCUCAGUCCAUGACCUGGUGUUAUUUGAAUUUUUUGUUGCACAGGACUUUGUUUUGCAACCAAAAGAUGCAAAAAUAACCAGACAUGUUUUCUUUAAAUAUGAACAACCCCUUUAUCAUAUUUCAUGAAUCAAAUAGAAGUGUAUAAGUGUGUAUUAUGCCUGUCUCAUACAUGGAGGAGGAUGCAGACAGACAUUCAUGUCCACACACACACAGUGGUCUCACUCAUUGGUUUUAUGCAUUAGUAUUCCUUUUGCUGUUUUCACCGUCAGCGACACUGUCUGACUGGGCAAAAGGUGGAAGGAGUCCAAUUCACAUUGUGUGUGUGCCCGUGCAUGUGUGCCCGUGUGUGUGUGUGCCCGUGUGUGUGUGUGCAGACUGCCUGAUCAGCAGUCCUAUCCUACAGGAAGUCCCAUGGUCGGCCUCCUCUGGUGAUUUGUGCUGGAGAGGUGGAACAUGACUCCUCUUUUUCUCCACUUCAUCCCUUUUUUUUUCUAAUUUUGAAUCCUUUUUAGCUUUGCUGCACCCCUUUAAUAUCAUCCACUCCCAUCUUCCCCCCUUUACGAUCAUUCAUAUUUGUGGUGGUCCUCUUUUCAGGCAUGUUUUGAAUCCCCCAUCAUUUUGAAUAUGUGUCUGUACAUCUCUUUAAUUCUCUUAUCUCAGAAUCCGUUGUCUGGUGUAAUGCCAUUGAGGGUAAUGGUCUGCUGCUUGGGUAAUCGGUUUGUAGCCAUCAGUCAGCACUCAUAACUUAUAUCCAAGGCUUCCUUUUGCGUAAGUUGCACUGUUUACAAUCCUCUGAGCAACUUAAGAUCAACUUUGUGUUCUUCAUAAUGAAAGCAAAUUAAAAAUGACCACUCUAGAUUUGCAGAAUAUACAGCAUUAUAUUACAUUCCCUUGAAGUAGGGCUGGGCGAUAAACCGAAAAUUUACUGAAACCGAAAUUUACAUCGAUAAGCGACCUCAUUUUGCCCAGAUCAAUACAUUCUGUGUCAAAAAAAUGAAUAAAUAAAAGUUGGUUUUGGAUGUGUGUAGGUAGGCUAUGGUCUCAUGUCCCUUUAAGACGCUGUCCUAUGUCAGAGACGUGACUCCACCCUAUCCAGUCCAUAACAAAGAGGGAAAGACAGGUGAGGAGAUGGAGGACAGUUCAAAAGUCAGAGUGGCUGGAGCAGCAGGUGUCAAUGUAGGAGGGGGUGAGCAGCUUGUGGAGAAGGAGCAGUGUCUUAUUAUUAGUUUCUGGUGAGUCUCUGUUUCACUGUAAAUAGUUAGUUACCCAGAGGCUCCUUUAGAUCUGUCUGCUGUUUCUAUGUUCAUUAUGUCUAUUGAGAAGUUUCCAUUGAUUUUCUUUUACAUGAAGUCUCAGUGUCGCUGUACGUAGUUAGUUACACCGAGGUUCUUCUAGAUUUGUCUGCAGAAUAUUUGCUGCUGUCUCUUGGUUCAUUAUGUCUCCUUGUCGCAAUGAUAACAAAAUCAGGAAACAGUUGACGCCACUGACGCCAUCAUAGUCGUUUGUAUUCCACCUACUUUUGCUCUCCAUACUGAACUACUUUGACAAUACUGGUACGACAAACAGAGCAAAAUCCUCCCUCAUACUGAGAAUUGGUCCUGUAAGUACAGAUUCUACAUUUUUAUGACAAAUUAAAAAAAAGAAAUUUCUAACUUCCUUCACCAUCACUCUCAUUUCUCUUUCAUUUCCCCAUGUCUUCCUUUAUGUGUCAUUCACUUCUACCUUCUUCCACCUUUUCUUGUACUUUUUUCUCUUUCACCAUUUUUACUUUCCUCCUCUCUGGAGAAUCUCUGUGACUGUAAAUUAAUGUUUUUUGUACAAGACAGAAGUACUACGCAGCUUAUGCAAAUACAACCUCGAUAACUCGGCUCUGCUUUCAUCCACUUCAAACUUUUUAAGUAAACUGUAAAGAUAAAAAAACAAAAAAACCUCAUUUCACAAACUAAUUUGUUCAUAAUUUGGGGAAUAAUUGCCUCACAGAAUGUGAAAUAAAGCCCCAUAUUUCUGAUUAUAUUGUGACGCAUUUUCCCCAUUUAUUGAUUAUUUUGUUCCUCUCUUGAUGAAUCAUAAAAAAUUGAUGGCUUAGGACACAGCUGCCACCCCUGAGGUGAAGUCGGACUUUCAAUGAUUUAUAAUCGGAAAAUGAACCUUGAGGUUUGGGCCUCAAAAUGACUUUAUACUGCACUUCUUUAAUUUAGGAGAGCAUAUUUUGGAUGUGUGAUGACCGACAGCUGAUAUUUUGAAUCACUGAGCAUGUAUAUACGAGCAAACAAGCUCUUUUUUUCUUUUUUGGCGUGUGUUGAUGACGUAACAGACUGAGCUCUACUUCCUGCAGCCUUUCGGCCUUGUCAGGAGCAAUCAGCGCUCCACAGGCAGAUGAAACCCUGAGGGCCUCUGAGCUUCAACCCUAUUACAGUCAGUCACUGCGCACACAGAGAAGCCAAAUUCAUAUUAUUCUUUUGAUCCAAGGUAAUGCUGAUACAAAUCCAAACAAUCAGGAGACUUAGGGCUGCCAGGGGACUGGAUGCUUGUAGGAACAGGAAUACAGAUUCUUUCGACAUACGGAGCUGAAAUCAAAGCGCUCCAAGACUCAAUGAAGCAACGUCUGAGGCUGAAGCAGAAGAUAAAUGGAAAUACAAGGAGAUGAACUCCUGCUGCAAGGUUAUUGUCAUCAAAUAUUGGCUGAACGAUCAUCUUUUAGGCAUCUUAUUCCAAUUUUUUCAGGGGAUUUGUGUCUUUUUCAGUCUUUGGAUUUUGGAUUUAUGGAAGAAUCAGACUUAAACGUGGAUCUGGUUUAGCAGAAGUUGUACUGAGCUCUGCUCUUACAUAUGAGCUUAAUUUAAACAUACCAUAAUUACAACGAUAGCAACACAAGGAGGUCUCUGUAUGUUCUCUUGAGGUUUCCCAUAAUUCCUGGAACUAGGCCCCUAACAUCAGCAGGCAUUUCCCUCGCCGAUGCUCUCGCUUUCAUGUGUGUGGUAAUGAUGGCUGUGAUCCUGGACCCCUGAGAGGGAGACAGUCCCUGCAGCCACCUGUAAAAACCUGUGGGAGGCCGAUCCGCUCUUAUGAUCAUGGAUAUGUCACCAUGUGUGUGCGCUGCAGGUGUGUUAGUAGGUGUAUGUAAGUGUGCAUGUAGCGCCAGAGUAGCAGGCUCUCUCUGCAGGAGGGUGCAGGUCUUCAAGCACCUUUACUUUAAAGGUCAUGUUGACAAAGUGGAAAAAGUCACACAUGCACAGGAAUGAUAGAGUCAUUUAAAGAAUGAAAUAGCAGUGGUCUUGUCACAAAAAGAGAUUUAAAAUUACUCAAUUUGUGACACAGGAGUGUGCUCAUUUCACCAUGUGAAUCAUGAAGCCAUGUGCUGCAUGUGUGUGAGUGUAUGGGGGCUCAGCCUUAUUAUAACUCAUUAGUCAUCCUUUCCUACUCGAAGGAUUUUCAACCUCAAGAGAUGCUCAAAUGUUAUUAUGUUAAUGUAACAUCUGAGUAAGCCCAGCCUGCAGUCAUGGUCGGGGUGGUUUCUAUCCUUAGUACACACCAAAUUUUGCAAAAGUUUCUUUCACUCGGCUGAGCUGAUGCAUCUUUUACGGUCAUAUUCCUGAGCUGCUUGUUUGACAUGAGGCGUUGACGGACUAUUGUCUGAGUGCUUCAGGGCAGAACGAUUGACCCCUGCUGAGUUCCUGUCACUCUGUCAGUCAGGCAUUUUGUCACAAUACUCACAAGCUUCCCCUGAAACACUUAAAACAGAGAGAUAGUGAAGCAUGGACAGAUUUAGAACACAGUUAAUGAUAAUUUAGAUGUUUAAAAUUAGGGGUGUCACGAUACAACUUUUUUACUUAAGAUACAAUACAGGUACUGUUGCCUUCAAUAUUGACCGAUACCGAUAUUGAUCCAAUAUUGGUACAAAAUUGUGUAUGACAAGUUUUUCACUCAGCUGCAACGUCUUUUUCAAAAAACAUUGCAAAAAAAAUACUGCCACAUGGCCGACAUCACUCCUACUCCUUGCUACUUCCUUAGUACUCACUGUCGUUGUGAUUACGUGGGCUCUGCAUGCUGGAUCAGGGCGCUGCUAGAUAGAAGAGUGUUGAGAUCUGAGAUUUUAGAUGCAGGCUGAUAUAAUCUGAGAUUCAUCUUUUUGCUGAUAUCGGACUGAUAUCCGAUAUCAAUAUCAUAUCGGGACACCCUUCUUUCAAAUGACUAAAAUUCAGAUUCUGCCUCCUUUAAGAUAUAAUAAGUAUAUCUGAGAGUGUUUAGAUUUUAAACUGUAUGAGUCUGUACUUGUGGGUCUGGUUUCCCUGCAUGGAAAGUGUUGUUGUAGUCUGGUCUGGAGUCAGAGCAGUAUUGAUCUGCACCAACAAUAGAGAGCAAUCUGUGAUAAUGAUAUUCCAGCUUCAAUCAGAGAACAUGUAAUGACUGAUAAAAUGUAUGAACCUGUUUUUGUAAUCAAGUGCAGCUAAGAAUCUGCCUCUGAUAAAACUUUUAAACUAGGGCAGCAAACCUACUUAAUGUUGUGUGUAUUUAACAGGUGAAAGGGCAAAGGUUGAAGAUGCUUGCAUUAGCUUCCCUGCUGGAGGAAAUCUCAGGUUGUGCUGUUAUUUCUGUCACAUUAAACUUAAGAACUUGUGUAGUGAAAACACUUUCCUGUACUCUGCUGUAUGUGUGCGGUGAUUUAGUGCUGUUGUAUCUCCAGCAUCACAUCUGAUGAGUUUUGCAAACAUGUGCUCUGUGGAUUAAGAUAACCGGAAAGGUCACAGGGACAUUAAAGCCAACAACACAACUAAUCUAAAGAAGGCAUCAGUUUCUGUAUUCUGUGGGUUAUUUUUAUCCUUUUACCACCUUGUGUGUUGGUUCAAACCCCCUGUUCUACACAUUAACUUGCUUACAGGAAGAAGAACACACCACUAAUGUAUGUGGGACUCUCUCUCCUUCUUUCUCCAGACAUUGUGCUCGGCAGUGGUCCAGGUGUUCACAGCAGAUAGAAACUCCAGCUGGAACAAGAGAUGCUGCGGUGUGGCCUGUCUGGUCAAAGACAACCCUCAGAGAUCCUACUUCAUCAGGGUCUUUGACAUCAAGGUAAGAAGAAUGUCUGCAAAUUCACGAGAGAUGACUGAGGUAGCUGGAAAAUAAAGAAAAUCAAUAAGUAGUCUUUUGCUUCGAACCACAUCCAUGGAGAGAAAGCCUUCGUGUUUUACCUUAAAGGAUCUGUUGUACUUAAUGUGAGCUCACAUUGAACCUGUUUAUUUCUCCAGGAUGGUAGGAUGAUGUUUGAACAGGAGCUGUACAACAACUUCAGCAUCUACCUCUCCAAACCUUAUUUCGUCACAUUUGCUGGCGAUGUAAGUCUGCUUCUCUUUCACAUUUUCACAUUAUUACCCUGUGUUAUUCCUCAUCCUUUUGGGGUUUUUUUUUGCAAAGACGCCUUUCUUGCAAACAAGCAGUUUACAUCUGCUGUACAGUUUACAUCAGAGAUUCAAAAUGAUGAUUAUAUGUGUUUGCUGAAACAUGGAGAAGAACCUAAAAUGAAUAAUUGACAUAUUUAAAAACUCCCAGUGCCCGAUAGUGCACCUGACAGUGCGACCGUUUCACUCGUAUUUGGGACUAUAAAUAGAUGUUUGUGAAUUGUAAAAUGUAUUUAGGGGCACAUGUGCGCAUAAAAAAAAAAUCAGCCGAGUCAACAGAUAUUUUUUCAUGUAAACAGUUUUAGGUUGGAUAUUCGACGGGCAUCAACUCCAGAUCUACCAGUGUCCUCUUACUCCCCAUAACCUGGAAUAGCAACAGCAGCGGGUUAAAUCUACUCAUUACCUCCGCUGUCAACGUCGGGUGUUGAAUAAGGGACCAUCAAUAAAUUACCGGUUCAUGUUCUCAAAAAUGGCUGUUUUUCCUUCAAUAGCUUCCAUGUCAUGUGACCAGUUGACCUAAAAUUGAUUUCAAAUUAUCGUACUAAGGUCAGACAACAAGGCACACCUCUUUUUUCUCAAAUUUGUCUUUCAAAAAUGUUUGGGUUAAAUCUAAGACCAAAUUUUGAACCUUUCCUUCAAUAGCUUCAAUGUCAUGUGACUUAAAAACCUAAAAUUGAUUUUAAAUAAUAGUACUUAUGUCGACCAAUAAGACUCACAUUAUUUGAUCAAUUUUCAUUGUGCCCCUAAAGUUCUUUGUGUGCUCCUUACUUUUUCAACUCAGGAUCACAUGUGCUCCUUGUGAAUAAAAGUUAGUGUCAAGCCCUGACUCCUCAGUCCCUGUGAGGCAGAAGUCUGUCACACACAGUACAAAAAAAGAUCUGAACCAGUUGAACAAGCUCUCACUCAGCCAAACAAAAGAUCCUGUCUGUUGAAUUAUUAAGACUUCACUUGCACUGACGGCUUAUCCUCAGUGUGUUCUGUACGGCAGGUUCAAACUGUUCUCCUCAGAGUCAGCGAGCAAAACUGAAGAGCAAACCCUUUAAAUCGCUAAAGAGCUUAAAUUACUCUACAGAACUGAAAUAAAGACACUUGAUGACAAAGUCUUGCCCGGUCUUUCUGCCAGAGAUGUUGGUACAUGUCUCUCUGUCAUAAAAACGUACAUCAUGUGUGAUAAUCCGAACUUCAUGGGACGUCUUAAGCCUUUGAUGUGACUCGGCAUCUUUAUUUAUGGAGCAAACAUCUUAGCUGGUGGCUCAGACUGCAGCAGACCGUGAGAUAUGUGGAGAUGGUGCCGACAUGGCUGAUCUUGGGAAUAGGUUGAUGAGAUAAUUAGUUAGAUAAAUGACUUUACUGAAGUGCCCUGAUCAAAUUGUGCCGUAUUUUCACUCUACAGACAUGCCAAGUGGGUCUCAACUUUGCCAAUGAGGAGGAGACCAAGCGUUUCCGCGCCCAAGUGCAGGAGCUGAUGGGCAGACGACAGAGAAAAACUGGUACCAACUAACUGAUCCCGCUGACUGAUCUGCAAACAUUUUCUACUGAUGCAACUCACAGGGAAAAAAAAUGACACGUUAACCAAAGUUUGUAGGAAUCAAGGAUGUGAAAUCAAAGCAGCUCACUAAAGGGGAGCAAAAGUUUUUACAAAAUCAUUUCAAGUUGUUCAGCUCAUAUGACCCGACUGAACCAGAUGAAACAGGUGUCUUAACGUGUCAUUUUUUACUGUGUCUUACAGAACUAGGCAAAAAAAAUGAUUACAUGGAAAAUGAGUCCAGGUGCAUUUUCAUGUGCCAAUUUUUCAAAUCAGAUUUACUCUAAGUAGUAUCAAACAGUGUCAUGCACUGAUUUUCUUUUGUCUAGUUCUGGCUGUUAUACCAUCCUGUCUUCUUCCUCCUACCUGCUGCAGUGUCUUCAACAAACUUCAACAACACAUCACCGUUUUCAAGCUGCAAACCUAACAGAUAUAAAAAUUCACUUAGGGGACCAGGAAGGUGCAAAAAGUAUCUGCCUGAUCAACAGAUGAGUUCAUGUUUAGAGGAUCUCUGCACAAGACUUUCUCCACACUUUGGUGCUGCAAGAGAAUCUUUCGGACAUUUGUUUGUUGUGCACAUAGUCGAAAAGAUCAAACAUGCUGAUGAGCCCAAGGGGCACUACAGCUACAUGUUAGAAUAAGCAGACCAACAUGAUCAUCUGUGAGGGCUCCCUUACUCAUUAGAAGCACUUUGUCAACAGAUUUGACAUGACAUAACAUGAUUUUAUCAGAAUAACACACUAACAGAACACUAGACUGUAUUUUACACAUUUUCUCUUUAGCAUCGACUGUCAACUUUGUAAGUUAUUCCUGGGAAAUCAAGUUUAUUUGAAUACACUCAGGGAUCCAAGAUAAGCUGAAAACUCAUCACUGAUUUCUUAGCCACAUGUCCCUAAACCGAUUCUGACCCUCCACUCUCCAACUUUUAUCAUCACUUGCUUCAAUAAGACCGUCCGACUUCCUUCUGCCUCCUUCCGGAUCACUUUCUGAUGGAUCCUUCUUUCAUCUUUUCCCCUUCAGCCCUCCGCAUCGAAUGUCUAAUCUAAUACAGUGUCUCAGCUUCUUCUUUUGACCUCCAGCCAUUUGAAAACUCAAAACACGACUAUUUUUAUUUGUCAGUAGCUCUGAGUAUUUUUAAGAGUAAUUGAAAGAGAGGCAUGUGAAUGUUGUCCUCCCUGUAGUUCAGUGUUUUUCACAUUUUGAUUUAGAACUGUGUGAGCGUGUUCAAUGGCUGCUGUACGUCUAACCAAAUACUUUCCUUGGCCGUUCUUCCGAACAACUUUCCACUCUGUGCAGCACAUGCACAAUCCCGUCGAGCCCUUCCCCUUACAAAACAACAAACUCUCUUCUCUUUGUUCAUCAGCGCUCUGACGCACUCCUUUCUUACUAACACAACCUGCUGUUCAGUGCGGGAUUGUAAUGAUUCCAUUUGUCUGUGUUCACAGAGAAGAGACGCGACCCUCCAAAUGGUACGUCCUCCACACUUUUCCUGUUGAUCAGUUUAGAAAUCACACAAUGAAAGGCAGAAGGACGUGUGUCUGGUGAUAAUGACAACUUAUUGUCUUUCAGCAUGGUUUAUAAGAUGGGUGGGGCUGCAAGAUCAUUUGUGUUACUUGGCAACAAACGAAAGGCUUGAGGCCCUUUCUUCACAUCGUGGAAACUAUGCAGCAUACAUACCAUUCUAUAUAAUAAAGAAACUCCAGAUAAAAAAACAAAGAGAUUAAAUCUCACACCAAAUUCUUUAAAGGUACCAUUUAAUCUACAACUGUUGACAAAGUUCUGUAGUGUCUUUAGAUACAGCAUAAAAACACAGGUCUUUAUUAUGUUUUAUACUUAAAAGAAGUGUAAUAAAAGCAGUUCACAGGCUCACUAAAUGCUAAAUGUGCUGUUGAUACAGGUUCUUGUUGCAUAAUGCAAAGACCUUUCAUACAGCUAUACAAUCUGUGCAUAAGUAUUGAUAUUAAAACACUUAAAGCUCCUUAGAGAGAUUUUCCACAGGUUAUGAAACACACUGACAUAUAUAUAAGUGCCUCUAUAUGUCCUACUACAUACAGCAAGUAAGACCGUCAGGAAUACAAUGAAUUAUUUCUAUGUUGUUGUUAGAGUCUGAAAGCACUGCUGUAGGGUAGGUGAUCAAAGUGAUAAAAAGCCAGUAUAUAGUAACAUAUUUGACCAUUAGAAGAAAGCAGUAUGGUGUUUUUUUUUGGAUGAAACCAAGUAACAGAAAAGAGAGCGCAUUGUCCACAAGGUGGCGCCAGACUCAACACAAACAUAAAGUUCCUCACUGGAGCUCUAAUCUAUGGCUCUAAAUUAAAAAAAGAUUCUUAACAAAGCAAUAUUUUCUAAUGUGAAAUAAAAUCAGAUUUUUGUUUUAGGAAUAUAAAUGAAUUUAAGGGCACACAUUUUAUUAUUAACUACUAUUCUGUUGCUUUUGGCACAUUUUUCACCAUCAGUCGGUCAAAAUAAAUGGAAUUGUUCAGAAGGCCAAAAGUGCAGAGAUAAUCCUGAUGCUGCCGGAUAUUGCAGAUGCACUCGAGUACAAAAUUGGAUUGCCUUUUUUGUGUUGUAGCCCUGAUCUGUAGAGUUCACGAUCCCACCCUCACUCUGUACUGUCUAGUGACCACAACAGAUGGGUUACAUGUAUGAACAUGCACACAGUAAUUCAUGGACAUACUGCAUCAAACAAACACACGGCGCACUUCUGCACAGGAGGGAACUUGUUUGGGACUAAGAGACCGCAUGGUUUGACCCAGAUGGCCUAUUAAUAUGUUUGUGCGUUUGCAUGUGCGUGUGUGUGCAGCUGUGCUGAAGUCAUUACCACACAAGUGACACAUUUAUGCAGUCGGCCAGUGCUCAUGAUCAGUGCAGCUUAAAGAUGCUGCCUGUGGAUGUAUAGCUUUGGGUCACAUGAGAUGCUGCAUAUGGAGAUAAGUGAUGCAUAUAAACUUGUUUGGUUCUUUAUUUUGGGCUUAUUUUGCCCUUUUACAGGUUUGUGAUCUUGCAUUUUAUGUUUCUGUGGAGCUUGUAUCAAUUGCUGGAAACUAGACCCAAAAGGUCAUGUUUUGACAUGUCUGAAGGGGAGCAUUUUGCUUUGCCUUUGCACUGAACUCGGUUUCUUUUCAAGUUUCUGAUUCGAUUAUAGAGAACACAAAUAAGUCUGAGCUGAAAUAAGUGGACCCUCACUCCCAGAACCCUGCAGCUAUGGUCUGACAACGAUCCAUGCCUCUGAGUUUGCUUCCUCCUGACCUUCCUCUCUCGCUCUCUCUCUCUCUCUCUCUCUGUGCCCCAUCCAGCUCUCCCCUUCUCCUCAUUUGUCCUCAUCUGCCCCCUCCUCUCCACCCCCCUCUCUUUUCCCUCAUCCUCUCUGCCUGUCUUGCUUCUCUUCUUCUCUCUCCAGCUGCAUAUUCAUCAUGUUGAAGAGACCCCUGAGAUUAACAUUGGAUUACGCAUGGACGGGGUUUUAAUGGUUAUGUAAAAUCUAAGCACUAAGUCCGGCGUGAUUUGCUGGGAUUAGAUCCAUUUGUGUGUGUUCGCAGGGGGGAGAGGGAGGAGAUAGUAACGGCGGUGGGUGGAGAAAUGAUGACAGCAAGCCAAUCCAAGCUUGAUAAUCUAUCAGUGCACCCUGCUGAGAAGGGAAGUCAAAGGACAUCGAAAAAUUAUGUAAAGUAGAUACAAAAUCUGCAGAGCUCGGCGAGACAGAGAGCAGGAAAAUGGAAUUUGGUGAAAAUUUUGCAAAGGCAAAAGCUGUUUCUGUGAUGGAAGGAAUGUAAGAGGAAGAGCGAACUUUGGCGAGCGAAGUGUUGGCUGGUUCUCCUCCCUUCUGAUGGCAUUGUUGGACGUCUGCCUCUGUAGCUCAGACAGUUUGUGAGUGAACUGCACCAGAUGUCUGAUGAGGAUAUUAAUUCAGUAAAUGCAGACAGUUGCUUCGAGUCAGUCACAAGUAUUUUUUUUUUCCCUCUUUCUGUCGAGUUUUGGAAACUUUUUUGAAUCAAUAGCGUCAGAAGCUUUUCCUGGAGAAGACGUGAAUCUUAACCAACGCUUUCAGCAGCAGCAGAUUAAAGAAGACGUGUCCUCGUGGGGAAAAGUCUGCUCAUGUCCUGGAUGAUAAUAGAUCUCUGUGUUGACUGAGAAGAAAGACCUCAGAUCUCUGUGGCACAGAACAUCAAACCAGGACCUUCCCUGGUGUCUCUGCGUUCACCGUAUCGCCCAUGCAAAGUCAGCUGCUACAAUGAUGUUCUGCACCACCUUCCUCUCGGCUCCCUCUGAGGAGCUAAACUGUGAGGGCAGCUCAGACAGAGUAGAAGGAGGUGGAGGAGGCGGUGGAGGCUUGGGCCCAGGGAGCUGUCUUUCUUCUUUACAUUGCUUGGUCCUCCCUCAGGACGAGCUGUACCCGUCUCUCUCUGAUCCCACCGCUCGCCUCUCCAUAUGCCCCAAAGAGCAAGCUCACAGCUUGGUGGGCAAAAUGCUUCUCGAUGUCAGUCUGAGCGCCUACGGGGAGAGCGAAGGUGGGUGUAUAUGGGACAGGGUGAGGAGGAGACGCAGCCGGUCGGCCUCACCUUCACCGAGUAAAACUCGGAAGAGUCCCUGUAGUGAGAGUGGUAAAGGUAUGUGUGGCAGUGCGGGCCCCUGAUUGGAAUUUAGAUUUCAGACCAGUUCGGACAUGUAGAUGUGUUUGUGAUACAUGUGCACAGUCAUACUGGAUUCUGUACAAGCUGAGAGACACCUUUUUGUACACAUUUGUUUAUGGACCAAAAGAGGUCUGGUUGUUGCAGCUAAAUUGGAAGGAAAUGUAUAUUUAUCAUCCAGAGAUGUUCUUGUUUUCAGGUGUCUGCUCUUAAUUUAACUAUCAAGUGUUAUUUCUGCCAAUCUUUCCCAAUCCAAAUUGAGAUGUCAGUGCAAACAAGGCUUUCUUGUUUGCAUUCGCUUGUGUAAAUACUGCAAAAGAACAGAUGUUUACGUAGCUAACUGUUGGGUUUAUAUUUUUCAUCAGCCAAAAUGAAACAAGCUGUGGUGAACUUUGUUUUCACGGGUAUCAUCUUUGGCCAAACCCCCAAAACCACCAGACCUCUCCAAACAGAGUCUGUGAUAGCCAUUAAAUAGAGGAUUAUAUAAUUUAAGGGAAAUGGCUCACUUUAAAAAGCCCCAGACCUGGAUUUCAAAGAUAACCAGGGUCAUUUCUUUGUGAUACUUAAAACUUUUUUUCCCAGAUGUGCGAUUUGUUGCUCAUAUGUUAAAGAUGCAUAAUACUCAUCAGAAUAUGGUAUAAAACCGCACAAGUUUUGCAUCUUUGUUGAGUUGAAACUGAUGUAUGUGUUGUGUCCCACCUACGAUAUUCUAUUUUAUCCAUCAUGUUCCAGGCCCGACGUUGCCCAUGGCCACAGUUGACAUCAAAAACCCAGAGAUCAGCAAUGUUCAGCGUUAUCAUAACAACUCUCAGAUGAACAACAUUGUGCACUCCUCCUUCCCCAAGAGGGAGAAAAAGAGCAAAGGGAAGAAGAAGAGGCUGACCAAGGCAGACAUCGGCACACCCAGCAACUUCCAGUGAGUCUUUAUAGUCAUGAGGAGAAACAGCCGAGAAACAGUCAACUUUGGACUUUAAACACCUCACAGCCCAUCUUUAAAGUUGACCAGAAUUAUCAUGCAGCAACUAAUUUUUAGGGACAGUGUGAUGAUUUGGGAAAUGGACUUAAUGUCCUUUUUUUCUCAUUGUGACAAAGUAGUUGAAGCGAGGAGUCAGGUACAUUAGCUUAGCACUUGCCGGCCAAUCCAGCUCAGUGAAAUUUUAAGCAAUACGUUAAUGAAUUGUAACACAGGCAAAAAAUUUGAACUGUGUUGACUUUGAAUCCGUUAAAAAAUACUUACUUUCAAGUUGUUUUGGAUCCGUCUUACCUCUUACCUUGUUCGAGCAACGUCUGGAUCCCUCUUCUUUCUCAGUCGUACAAAUUGUUUUAAAAGAAAGCAAGUCUGAUUAAACCAAAGUUAAAAGUUUUGAUUUUAUUUCAAACUGUAUGAAAGUUAAAAGUUGGUCAGUGUGAGGAGCUUUUCAUGUGAUUUUAUUGGGAACCAGUCCAUAUAAUCUCUUUGUAUAAAUGAAUCUGCAGUGAAACAGCUCUGAGUUUACCCACACCUCUUUGUUUAGCUCUGGUCCAUUUAGCUUCUCAAUCCUCUAGUAUUUAAUAUGAUUGAUAAUGCAGGAAAAUCUGUGCUUUAAUAGUGACAGUUUUCACAGAUGAUGGGUAGUUUAAAGAUUAAAAAACAGAGGUGUUUCUUAUGUGUAUAUCAGACAUUUACUCCAGGGUAUUCCUGCUCCCUCCUGUUUUUGCAAUCUUGUUUAUAAGCUCAUGUGCUCACUCUCCCUCUCUCUGUCUCUCUUUCCUCUCAGGCAUAUUGGACAUGUAGGCUGGGAUCCAAACACAGGCUUUGAUGUAAGUGCAUUAGGAGAACAUUAAUGUUGUUUUGCUGCUUGUCUCUGCAUUUGUCGGGAGGAUAUGACCCCUAAAUAUUCGUAAAUCUUUGCCCGUAGUUCAUCCGUUCGUCGGUCACACAGCCCUCUACCCGACAGAUACUUCCACAUUUUAAUAUCAGCUCUGAAUUAUUAAGCCUGGCUGCACAGCCAAGUCAUCAGUAGAGUUACACAAGAAGAUUUUAGAUGGGGGAAGAGAAUCAACCUGCAUCUGCAUAAUCCAUGGACUCGUUCCCAAAAAGCGUAAUUAUGCCGGAGGCUGGAGGAUGAGUAUGAGAGCACGUAGGUCAGAGGACUUACUCAGUCAGAAAAUGACAAAGAUAAAAUCAGGUGAUUCAGUUUCACAAGUCAAUGCUUUCAAGGACUUGGAUUGAUUUGAAUAGUUUGACGUCAGCUGAGCACAUCUUGCUCGGCUCUUGAAACCUCAAGCUUUAAUCUAGAGAAGAGAUGAGUGGAUUAAAAAAUGAGCAAAGGAUAUAUCUUCAAGUCUUAACGGCCUUCAAAUGAACCUUUUAUUUAUCUUUGUUCUUUUCUGUCCUUACAUCCUGGAUACUUAAACUCAAAUAGUUCAGACUUUGAAGUUAUAAUGCGUACCAAACGAUGGCCAAAAAGUACUUUUCUCUUUACACAGCAGCAGUUUGUUUGACUUGAUUUUAUGUGUACUAAAAUAACAAGAAAGAUUUGUUGUGGGCCGUCAAAAAGGCCCAGAGCCAGGACAUAAUUAUAAAGCUAGAUUUCAUGAUUUAUUGCGAUUUUGAUGAGUGCAGUGCACGGCCAUGAACAUUUAGGCAGCCUGCAUCAACGCAAACAUGCCAAAAUUAGCACAAUAUCAUAUGUAGUCCUGAAGCAGGUUCUUCCAUGGGUCUUAUUUUGGGUCUUGCAGCAAUAAUUAAAAAUAAAAGGAGGGAGUAAACUUUGGUAAAUAAAGUGAGCUUAAUUCUCUGUUUUAUAUUAAAAAUGAUUCAGGUUAAUUCAAACUGUUUUUCUCUUUGGUUUCAACCUGAAGGUGUUACUUAAAACCACUAAAACCACUAGGUGGCAGCAUAAUGCCUGUCAUUGCUGUAUCAGUUCAUGACAUUUUAGGCAAAUGCCCAUCAAAUAAGAAUGCAGCAGCAAAAAUGAUAACUGACAAACACUGUCUUCCCUAAAUUCAACAAGUUUGAAUAGUAAUAUAGUUAUUAUAUUUUCAGAGUUCCCUCUCACUUUUUGUGAAAUCCUAACCUGAGAAAACACAGAUCCUGACAAGCCGGUCACAUACCGUGUUACUGAGCACGAAAGCUUAUAAAGGCAGAUUAUAAACGGGUGAAAUCACAUCACAGAUGUGAACAUAUAGGUCAUAAGAUUAUGUUUUUACAAGCUGUAACACCACUCUGUUAACUAUCACUCUCACUGUGGCAAGGAUGCUUUUAUUGUGUAAAUGAAGGGAAAACAAAAAUAUGAUUAACUUUACACCUCACUCUAGGCUGUCCACUCUUUAGUUUAUGUAUCAUCACCUCCUAACACCAUAACUUAGUGAGAAAUCUCACUAAUCUCACUUUGUAGACUGAUAUCUGCUGUUGAUGAUACACCCUAGAUUAAUAAUUUGAACUUGAGCAUCAAAUCUGGAUGCGCUAGCUGCCAGCAAUUUAAAAAAAUGGUCAAAAAUACAAACAGAGGUUAAAGAAACGAUAGCGUAUAGAGUCCAAGAUAAAUCUAUUAGUAACUCAUGUCAGCCGUCUGAUCAUUCACGUCUUUCUUUCUUUCUGUUUCUUCUCUCCAGCUGAAUAAUUUGGACCCAGAGCUGAAGAACCUUUUCGAUUUGUGUGGCAUUUCUGAGGCUCAGCUGAAGGACAAGGAGACCUCGAAGGUCAUCUAUGACUUCAUCGAGAAGAAAGGAGGCGUGGAGGCCGUCAAAAAUGAGCUACGGAGACAAGGUGAGGAAAACAAGGAGUGAGAGGAAGGGGGGGAAACACUUCUUCCUACUUAUAAAGAAAACGUAUGACAAAUGUUAGCAUGCAAGCUUUUCCUGAAGGUUUUGGCAGCAGAGAGACUGUGCCAUCAGACUUGAUUUCAGCUUUGAUUUUUUUUGCCUGAAAUUCAUUUGAGGGUUAUUCCAGGUCAAGGUAAUCUAACUAGAGUGUGGUGGUUCUGUCCUCAGGUCCGCCCAGGUGGAGUGGUAGGUUGUUUUGAUGCAUGACCUGCUGUGACAGCUCAUGACUGUGCAUGUCAAGUUGGACUGCAACAUGCGUUACAUUAAAGUGUGCAAAACCUGCAGCUAAUGCAGUUACAUGCGUGUUUGCUGUGUUAUCUGAGACUAUAUUUCACAUUUGAUUGACUCUGAUGUGCCGUGACCCUGAAAUUAGAAAUGAAACUCAGACUUUCAACACUAUACGUUCUUCCUCUUCCUCAUGUAAUAACAGUGUGAGAAAGUGUUGUCGUAUGAUUAACUGUCCAAGUGAAACUUUGACUCUGGCUCUUGUCCACCAUGUUUUAAACCAGUGCAUAUACUGUACUCUGCAGGAAGUGGCUCUUACUCUAUAACUGCAUGAUGCAUUUAUACUCCUGAGGUUUGGAAACGUGAAUGCAUUUUGACAAGUAUGCAGUGCAUUCUCAGAGUAAAGUGGUUUACAUCUGUUUCCUGCCUAACGUCUACGCCAGUUAAACUCGCCUACUCUACCUUUACGCUAAAAGCACAGGUGGAUUGAAAUGUAACAACUUUGCACGAGCAUUUGGCCUCUCCAGAGCAGAAACCCUCGACAGGUUUUCCUCCAUCAAUAAGAGUUGAAAUAACAAGUUUGUGAAACGUUGUUUUCUGAGAAGAAAUAUACGAAGAAGUAGACGAAACUGUUCAAACUCUGCCGCAGUGUGAGAUCUGAAGAAUCCGUGACCAUUACUGCAACUUUGGAACUUUUUUCUCCUCCAGCUCCUCCACCUCCUCCAUCAAGAGGCGGCCCACCUCCACCACCCCCACACCACGGCUCGGCUCCUCCUCCCCCUCCUCCAGCCAGGGGACGAGGUGCCCCUCCACCCCCUCCACCCUCAAGAGCUCCCGUCUCCGCACCACCUCCUCCUCCACCAUCCCGACCAGGCAUGUCCGCUCCACCGCCUCCCCCUCCCAGCCGAGGCUCCCUCCCGCCUCCCCCUCCUCCAGCCCAUGCUUCAAUUCCCAUGGCGCCUCCCCCUCCGCCUCCUCCACCUUCCUCCUCGAUGUCAUCAGGUGGCGGUGCCCCACCUCCUCCCCCUCCUCCUCCGCCACCACCUGGGCCUCCACCCCCUGCUCCUCCGCUGUCCAUGGAGGCUAACGGAGGGGACAGCGGCGCGCCUGGGAAGUCGGCGCUGCUGAGUCAGAUCAGGGAGGGGACUCAGCUGAAGAAGGUGGAGCAGAAGGAGAGGCCAGUGUCCAGCACCGGCAGAGACGCACUUCUGGACCAAAUCCGACAAGGAAUUCAACUUAAACCUGUCAGUAAUCACAGGACAUGUUUUUAAUCAGACAUAUGAGUCUGUAUCCUCAACAUCAUCUUCAACUCCCAUUACUGUUUUUCUUUACAGAGGGAUGAUAACACAGACGCAGCCCCGCCAGCUCCUGCUCCAUCUGCAGGCAUAGUUGGUGCUCUGAUGGAGGUGAUGCAGAAAAGAAGCAAAGCUAUUCACUCCUCAGGUACAAACUUCAUUCAACACUCAGGUUGCAAAACAAAACUUUUCAUAUUCCACCCUGGGUCAGUAAGAUGAGCUGCAAUAAUCACAUGACAUCCACUCAUUCAGCAAGGGAAAGUUACAGCUUACACCUGUUUUUUUACCAGGAUUUGUUGUCUGACAGAGGAUGUCCUGAUAGCUUUAGUCUGUGAGUUUUGGUCAAGCGUCAGAUUUCCUUUGAGGACAGCUGGCCCUGCUGUGGCUGUUGUUAGCUUGAUGUUUGAUGCUAAUACAAUCUCAUUUUAGUAGGUGGGCAGAAAGGAGUGUUACCAGAAUGUACUUUUUAGAUUUCCUUAUCAUUAAAUGCUGAAAAGCAUCCACACAACCAACAUCUGUUGGUAAAAUUAUACAACGUGAUCGCUCAAUGAUUCGCUUUGCAAGAUGAUUCUGUAUAAAUCACUUACAAGCAUCACAGGCUGUUUACUACGGAAGAGGAUUAGGGCCACAUGAAGAAAAAAGAAAUAAUGACAGAAAGGAGAUUAAAGUCGAAGUUUUGAGAUGAAAAAGAUCAAAAUUAUGUCAAUAAAGUGGAAAUUUUGAGAUUAAAAAUAGAAAUUUCGAGAUGACGAAAUGUCAUAAAUAAUGUCGAAAUUUCGAGAUUAAAAAAAUUUGAACUUUGAGAUUAAAGUCAACAUGAAUAAAGUCAAAAUUUCAUGAAUUAAAUCAAAUAUUUGAGAUUGAAAUUGCAAUUAUGAGAUUAGUAGUUGUCCUAAAUAAGGACAAAAUUUCAUGAAUAGAGUCGUAAUGUUGGGAUUAAUGAUAAAUUAUCAACAUCAUUGUUGCUCAUUACUCGACAACAUAUCAUCUGUAGAAGAGUUUGUAAAGCUGUACUUUAGAAUUGGAUUUAGUAACAAGGAAAUCCUUGCCCUUUUAGCACAUAAACACAGUGUGGUCAUAAAUAUUGGGACUCUGAAAAGACUGUACUCAAGAUUACGACUCUAAAGAAGAGAAAAACAGACGAACUUGGUCGAGGUUGCAAAAUGGGAUUUUUUUUUUUUCAUUUUGACUAUUUAAAAAUUUGGCUUUAAUCUCGAAAUUCUGACUUUAAUCUUGAAAUGGAAAUUAAAAUAAUCUCCCUCCUGUAAUAUUUUUUCCUCUUCUUGAUAUGGGGGAUUGAGGAAAUUUAAAUUGAUGCGUUCAUUACAAUGACUGAAUAAUACGUCCCCGCUUAGUACAUUAUAUUUGUCUUCUUUUUCUGGUCAUUUACAGGAUACAGCCAUGGAGUUAAUUUCACAGUUGCUCACAGAAACUUUUGACCAGAGUUGCAUAAGUGCUGGAAAAGUUUCCCUUGGCUCUCUUACUUGAAAGUGAUGUUAGAGUUUAUUGACACCAGUGGGCACUCAGACUGUGUCGUCGACUCACUGGCACAUGACACACUGUCAGCAAAAGAUAAAAUUACACUUUCACUACCUUCUCGCUCGUCUAGAUCAACCUUGUGAUUCUUCUUCUUUACAUUUUUGACCUCUUGGGGGAGCAAUGUUUUUUCUUAAGUCCUAAGCCCUUUACUUUUAUCCUGAUUUACUUGAAGUUUCUUGUCAUUCAGCUGCAUUUUACUUCUUUUAAAAUAUUUGUUUUAGUUCAUGAUUUUGCCCAAACCUCUAGUUAGAUAUUCUGCCUUUUUAUAACCGGACAUCUUUUGUCACUGCACUCAGCACUCGACUCAAAGCAUCAAACCAACAGAGUAUUUUUUGACAGAUAGACUCAUGAGGUUGUUUCUGCCUAACAGAAACAUAUUUAGUCUUUUAAAAUGAAUUAAAAUGCUGUUUUUUGAGUGCAUUUGUUUCACCUGUAACUUAAUCUGUUAAAUUUUCCUCUCCAGAUGAGGACGAUGAGGAUGACGAAGAUGAGGACUUUGAGGAUGAUGAUGAAUGGGAGGACUAGCAGCAGUUUGUUCCUCCCCUCCCUCAGCCCCAGGAUGAUUAUGACACUAAAAUUGUUCUUUUCUUUCUAAAAAGAAAUCUUUAAUUUCACAAGUAUAAAUGUAAAUGUUCUAUCGAGUUGCUGUAUAUUUUUGUUGCCUUUAUGCUUUUUUAUUAAUCUGUGCAAUACCUCAUUUAAUCUGUAAAUGUUUGUCAUUCUCAUAUCUUAGGUUGUUGUUUCUUUAUCUUUGUCUCUAUCGGCUCCAUCUCCUCUCUCUUGAUAGCAAUAUUUCACAUAUCUGGUUGAAACUUUGUUGGGUUUUUUCCAUCUCUAUGCAUCUUCUCCUCCCACGUCCCCCAACUUUCUUGACCUCCAUCUGUCACUAAGACACUGUUCCUAUAUCUGCUGCCUCCUAUCAUCCCAUCACACAUUUUCCCUCCCUGUCGCUCUCUAUAUUCCCGCUCCCAAGAAUAACGUGCAAUUUAACAUCGAGCUGUUUCUCAAACCGUAGAGUUGAAUGUUUUUUUUUUUCUUUCUUUUCUUUCUAUGGUCAGUUUUUGAAGGAGAAGGCUUACAAAAUAUGAUGCCAUAAAUCCUUCAUCAAUCAUGUCUCAUCAUUGUUUGUCAGGAGAAAAAAAAAAGAAAUAGAACUAUUUUCAUACCCUAUUGCUCUGUAGUUUAUUUUUACUUAUUAAAUGAUCCUAGUUUAGCGCUCAUAUUUUCUUAAAACAAAGAAAAAAAAAAGGAAAAGACUCUCUUUGGAAAGUUUAGCUUAAUUUUUCUGUCGACUGUAAAUUUGCUCCAGAGUUUGAGUCUUGUUAUAUUUUUGCACAGAAAGAGGAGACUCGCUGCAUGAAUACAUGACGCUUUCAGGUCUGUAUCAUUGUGGAACUUACAUGCUCUAAGAAAUGGGGCAUGAAACACUUGGACAUAAAGCAUUUUAACUGUUAACCUGUCACACUACAUACUUUACAUACACACGGGUAGCCUUUACUCGGCUAUCUAUUCUUGAUUUUAGUUCCUUUUCUCUGUCACUGUCACACUACAGAUCCAGUCAAAAUUGUAUUAUUCUUUUUAACUUUUUUUUUUUUUACAGUAGCAAACAUUAAUAAAUGCCUGUUUGUUGGAAUCAGGUCAUCGAUCAUGUAAAGCUUGAGGAAUAAAGACAUUUUAGUUUUACCCACCUGAUGUUUAUAAUGGGUCCAUAUCUUGGUUGGUAAGUCCUCUCAUGGUGUUUUUAAAACAAGUGUCAGUGUUUUUCACUUAAAUCUUGAAGUGUAAAACAGGAAUUGUUAAUUCAAAUAAAUGCUGGUAAUUUAAGACCAA